AUGGUUUUAACGAGAGUGAGGCUGGUACAAAAUCUGGCCAGAACCCGAAAUUUUCAAUCGAGAUGCAUCAUUCAGCAUAGUCGGGGCUCAGGCCUCAGUUCGCGCACGGCGACUGUCCCGUCUCUGUCAAGCGCACGAUUGCUAUCAACUUCGCGAGCCCUGCGGCUGGUGACAGGCGAGCCGGUCGAAGAUGAGAAACUUUUCACUGAGCAGAUUCCGCACGAGGCGGCUAGCCCCGAAGAUAAUGCCCGCUUGCAGGCCGAGCUGGAGACCUAUCGCGACAUUCGUGAAUAUCUACGAAAAUGGAACGAGACCAACCCGAACAUCCUCGACCCUGUGCGAGAGCCCGGCACCGCGAUGUCGUUUGAAGAUCCUGGUCAGCUGGUUGGCAACAUGCUCAAUGGCCGUGAGGCGUCCGAUGCGCUUUGGGCAAGCUCGGAGUUGUCAAAUAAGGACGACUUUGAUACGUCUGAGGAAUUUGAAGGCGAUCAUCUUGAACCCGGGGAUCUCGUGGCUCGACUCACUUGCGACGGCGUGUUCAGUUUUGCCAUUUACGUUCGAUCCGUUCACAAACAAAAACAAGUGUACACAAAUCGGGGCAACUGGCGAAUAUGCUCGAAUCGAGAGAUUGACUAUGUCGUGAAAGAUUUUGCAUCGCAAAAAUUCAUUGACCCCAUUAAGCCUUACUUUCCCAACCGUCCCCCUCGAGCUCUGUCGGAGAUUCAAUCGGUCCCCGAAGGUGGCCUUCCGAGGCCCUUGGGCCGACCUCUCAUUGAGAUGAUGGUAGACUUUGAGCAGCAAGUCUCCGAUUUCUAUCGAGAGAAUUCCCAGCUCCUCGAUAAUAUUCAUGAUAUGGUGGCGGAUGACUCUGAGUUUCUUCGUCUGACUCUUGAGGAGCUUGCAAUGAAGCUUUUGAAUGUUGACGAGUCAGAACUGAACAGAGUCAAUCUGUUCGCAGUUCACCAAGCGGUGCGCCGUCGCCCUUUCGCCAUCGACAGAGAUUUCAAUUCCCUUUUUCAUCCGGUGUACUUGAUUCAGCCAAAAAGAAUCACCAACACGGUUAGGCAGGUGACCACAUGGGUGCACGAACAUCAGGAAUACCUGGUUCGCGCCGCCAUGGUCAAAGAUACGCCUGGCUUCAGGGACCAUCCGAUGCAACAAUUUGUCCAAAAGGCCCAACGUCUCAUCCGCCUCAGCCGCAAAGUGAGGUCUCCCACUGUCAUGUCCAGUGUCGGUCCAUCGUCUCAAAAGUUUCGCCCCGGGCAAGACGACAAGCCGUCGGUGUAUCGCGAAGUGUUGACGGAAAAGUUCUCCAAGACCGACCAAACAAUUAUAGAGUACAUGCAGUUGUACGCCAUACCCUCGGUCGCAAUGCCUUCUGGUACCUUGCGCUCGACGGCCUCCCAUGUCAUGCGUGCCACGGGUAUGUACAAUACCCUGGGUCUGAGUGAGUCAUCAACGCGCAUGUUCCUUCAAGAGCUCGGUGUGAUCUCACCAUGGGAAAACCUGAGUCUUCUCGAUCAGAAUGUUCUGCUUCCCGGGCAUGGCAUGUCCCUGAUGGAAGACAUGAAAUGGGAAGAACUUGAAGAAACCUGCGUAGCCCUGCCAGAAUCCAUGACGGACUCGAUGAAAGAUCUACGAAGGGAUUGGGGUGACCUACCGGUUUACUGUAUCGACGCCGUGACAGCUCAGGAAAUUGACGAUGGCGUCUCGCUGGAGCGAAUCCCCGGCGUCGAUGACCAAUUCUGGGUUCGAAUUCACGUCGCCAACCCAACAGCGUUCUUUAAACAGGACCAUCCCCUGAUGGAGUAUGCGAAGUCACGGCUUGCCACCACGUACGCACCCGAGCGCACGUAUCCUAUUUUCCCCAAGAGCUUUACCCAAACCCAUUUCAGUUUGAUGGAUGGUCGACCCACAUUGACUUUCAGCGCCAAAAUGAAUCUACAAGGAGAGAUACUCGACACAGAAGUGACCAACGGUAUUAUUCGAAAUGUCGUCAGCUUAACACAUAGCACCUUGCAAGGGUUCCUGGACCCGGACACCAAGUCUUCCACCGAGUUGCUGACUGUAGGUGGUGAACCGAUUGAGCAACCCCUACCAGCAGGAAAGGUCAUGCGAGAGAAUCUCACGGCCGAAGACCAAGAAACAUUCACGAUCCUACGCAAUCUCAUGCUUGGUUUCCGCACUCAGCGGCAGAAGAAUGGGGCCAUGGAUAUCCAACCUCCACGGCCCGACACCCCUCUGUCAGUCCACUUGGGCACGACUUCACCCAAACCAUACGACAUUCAAGUGACCGAAGGUCGAUACUACCUUGGCGAUCCGAUCAUUCGUCUGCAAAUGUCCGACUUUGACCCUCACGAAGUCCGUGAUGAGUCGAAGCGUUACCUGGUCUCUCUACUGAUGAAUCUGGCCGGCCAUAUUGCUGGACAAUUCUGCGCGGCCCGCAACAUCCCCGUCGUAUACAAUGGCACGUGGUAUGAUCCUGAAUACGGAUCCGUCACGCGAGAAAACAUGAAUCAGUUCGGUGGGGAAAAAUUCUACCAGCUCGCACUGCCCAAGGCUGUAUCCGCAUCUACACCGCUGCGUCAUCAUAUGCUCGGUCUGGACGCAUACGUUAAAAGCACAAGUCCACUGCGCCGAUUCAGCGACGUCAUAGCCCACUACCAAAUCGAAGCCGCGCUGCGAUUUGAGUAUGAACACGGCCGACAAUUCGAUGCUGCCGUGAGCAUCACAGAGAAUGAGCACGGCGAGAUCGAGUCUGAAACGUCCGAUGCCCCGGUCUCUAUCCUCCCAUACUCUCACGCCGAAGUUGACAACCACAUCGAGUACUCUCAACCGAUCCUGGCCAGACUCCGCGCCAUUUCCACAUAUUCCACCCAACAUUGGGCCUGUAUGCUCCUCUUCCGCGCCUUCUAUUUUGCCGAGUGUGCACUGCCGGAAUCGUUCCCCGUAGUCUUGCGCUCGCUGCGCGUUGGCUCCGAGGUCGAAGAAACAGUCUACUCGGGCAUCAUCGCCAAUUUGGGCGUGAAUUGUACCAUCACGAUACCGGAGGACUGUCCGGAGCACGAAAAGAUGGAUGUCUUUGGGCUUGUCGACGCACGAAUCACAGCUGUGGAUAUGGCGAACCUUGAAGUCAAAAUGGAGGCAAGGCGAUUGAUUAAGCCGUUCCAGAGGACGGGCGACUGGGCUUGA